AUGAACCGUCUCCGCCUGAACGCAGGCCGCUUGAACCUUAGAGCGGUAGCCGGUGGUUCAGCCCUGCUGACCGGUUCGAGCUUAUUAUACUACCAGUACCGGUCGAGGGACUCAAGACUUCAGCUGGACUCGAGCCGAGAUGUCAACCACCCAGCAAACCAACGCCCUCCGGUACUAUGGACCCCGCCGAGCAGACAGGACAUGAUCAAUGCGCUCAAGGCUAGCAAGCUCGUCCACGAGAUCAAGUCUCCAGCCGACCUCCAAUCCAAGGGCGCCGAGGACCAGUACGAUCUUCUCGUCAUCGGUGGAGGGGCCACAGGCGCUGGGGUCGCCUUGGAUGCUGCCAGUCGUGGCUUGAAGGUCGCUCUCGUCGAACGUGACGAUUUCAGUAGUGGGACGAGCAGUAAGAGUACCAAGUUGGUCCAUGGCGGAGUUAGAUAUCUCCAAAAAGCAGUCUUCAAUCUGGACUAUGAACAAUAUAAAUUAGUCAGGGAAGCUCUCCAUGAACGCAAGACUUUCUUACAUAUCGCUCCACAUCUUUCGCUCCACCUACCGAUCAUGCUGCCAGUUUACAAGUGGUGGCAAGUGCCCUACUUCUAUGCUGGCUGUAAGAUGUAUGAUUUGCUCGCUGGUUCAGAAAACAUGGAAACUAGUUAUCUUGUCGGAAAAGGGAAGGCCUUAGAGAACUUUCCAAUGUUAAAAGCCGAUGGUUUAUGCGGAGCUGUUGUGUAUUAUGACGGUUCUCACAACGACUCUCGAAUGAAUAUGGCUCUGGUGAUGUCUGCGGUACACCAGGGCGCUGUCGUGGCUAAUCACAUGGAGGUAGUAGAAUUGCACAAGAAGCCGGCCCAUGAGAAGACGGAUGUGAAGCCUAGAGGAUCAGCGGAAAGCCCUGGAGUAUUGUCAGGGGCCAGACUACGUGAUCAGGUUACGGGAGAAGAAUUUAACAUCCGAGCCAAGGGCAUCAUCAAUGCCACCGGUCCCUUUUGUGAUGGGAUCCGACAGCUAGACGACCCGAGCGUGCCGAACAUCGUCGCUCCUUCAUCCGGCGUUCAUAUCACUCUACCUUCGUACUACGCACCCAGCCAUAUGGGUCUGAUUGAUCCUGCCACAUCGGAUGGCCGAGUGAUCUUCUUUCUGCCUUGGCAAGGGAAUGCGAUCGCAGGCACGACCGAUUCUCCCGCGCCAGUCGAGCAAGAUCCUCUCCCUAAAGAACAAGAGAUUCAAUGGGUUCUUGGCGAAGUUCGGAACUAUCUCAGUCCCGAACUCAAAGUAAGACGAGGAGAUGUGCUAUCCGCGUGGUGUGGACUUCGUCCUUUGGUGCGCAACCCAGCGGCAAAAGAUAGCCAAUCGUUGGUCAGAAACCACAUGGUUCAUGUCUCACCAUCGGGACUCUUGACGAUCGCUGGUGGCAAGUGGACGACCUAUCGAGCAAUGGCCGAAGAGACAGUGGAUGCGGCGAUCGAGACCUUCAACUUAAAGCCGCGAGGUCCAUGUGUGACCAAGCUUCUUCAAUUGAUUGGCGCUCAUGGCUGGCACAAGACGUUGUAUAUCAAGCUGAUUCAGGACUUUGGAUUGGAGAGUGAAGUGGCCAAGCAUCUGACGGACAAUUACGGCGAUCGAGCCUGGUCGGUCUGUUCGCUGGCUGAGCCGACGGGAAACCGUUGGCCAGUGCAUGGCAAACGAUUGGACCCAUCGUACCCUUAUCUCGAAGAAGAAGUCCGCUAUGUGGUCCGGAACGAAUACGCGAUUACACCUGUGGAUAUCAUUGCUCGUCGGACUAGACUCUCGUUCUUGAACGCCCAAGCCGCCUUGGAAGUCUUACCUCGGGUGAUCGACAUCAUGGCCGAAGAGUUGGGAUGGACCAAUAUGCACAAGGAGGCCGCCUUCAGUCACUCUAAACAGUUCUUGCUUUCUAUGGGCUUGCCUAGGUCUAAACUUAAACUUUCUCUGGCCGACGUUCGUAGAGGUUUAUUGAGGAAACAAACUGCUGAGGAGGGUCAACUGUUCUCUCGUGCAAUGUUUAGUCCGAAAGAAUUAACCCAGUUGAGGAAGGAAUUUGCGGAUUUGGAUACGAAUGGGGACGGAGUUAUUUCUCCCAACGACUUGCAGAGCGCGCUUGAACAUUUGAAUUUCGCCAAUGUUCCCAAGGAAACUGUGGACAUGAUUGUUUCUGGAGCUAAGACCAAUCAUAUCGGCUCGAUCGAUUUCUCGGAUUUCCUUGACAUUGCGGUAGCAGCCAAAGAAGUAUCUCUGUCGAACAAGUUACAAAACUUCUUGAGCGAUGACGGGGAGGGAAGUUCACCGAUCACCGAGCCGAACACGAUGAGUGCUUCUGUUGGCCCCCAUGGAAACGAGGUCGUCAAGGAUGGAAAAAAUGAUCUGAAGCCUGGAUCCGGAAGUUUAAGUCGAGUCAUUCCCGUCGAACGAUCCGGCGGUGGCACUUGA